CCCGUCGCUUUCCCGCCUGCUCGGACCACCUUUCUUUGGUCGCGCCCGUCUUCCCCGCACAUUUGCCCUCCCUCUCCCUCUCUCCCUCUCUCUCUUGCUGCUGUCCCAUCCUUCCUGUCGUCGAAGCGAAACCCGCUGGCCUGCCUGACUGCGUCUGCAUGUGCAUGUGCAUACACCUCGUAUCCACUCCUGGCGCUGCUUGAUCAACACCAGGUUCAUGCCCGCCCAAGCGAGCUGCGCAAUUGAAUCAGCAUUUCCUUAAUAUCUUUUCACGCCCCGACCUCUCGCGACCCUCUGUCCGCUGCCUUUCGCAUCGUCACCACUGGGCGCCUCCAGUUUUCUGGGGUCGCCGCCGGUUCCCAUUUAAGCUUUGCCCUCGCGCACCUUUGUGCUCUGGUACUCUCCCAUUCUGUUGAGCUCCAACCAUCCCCUCCCGCUUGAAUAAGACAAUGCCACCCAUUUGACAACACCUCCUCAACCACCGACCCAUAUACCAUCUCUUCUUCCCCCCCACACUAUAUAAUUGCUCCAAUCCUCCAACCAUCCAACCCUCCAACCCUCAACCCACACCCGCACACCCAACAGUUGCUCCCUCCGCAAUCCACCUGCUUCUCGCGCCGCCGCCGCCAUGUAUUCGCGACAAAACUCCCAGUACCCGGUGCCCGCCCAGCCUCAUCCCUCCAUCGUCACACAGCCCAAGUCGGAGCAUCCCCACACGCUGCCUUCUCUGCCACCCGCCCACGACCCUUCGGCCAUGAAUCCCCUGCCGUCCCAGCCCGCUCAAUCCAUCUAUGCCACGGGGCCGCCGCCGCCGCCCACCAACCAUCUCCAGCCCUACGUCGGCACCAAGAACGGUCGCGUAUACCGACUGCGAGUCGAGCAGCAGCCAAUUCGUGCCCGCAUGUGCGGAUUCGGAGACAAGGACCGCCGCCCCAUCACCCCUCCGCCUUGCAUAAGGCUCAUCGUGUGCGAUGCUGCCACGGGUAAGGAAAUAAACUCCUCCGAUGUCGACAGCACCUUCUUCGUCCUUACCGUCGAUCUGUGGGACAGCGAGGGCGCCCGCGAAGUCAACCUGGUCCGCCACAGCAGCGGUGCACCCUCCGUCAGUAUUUCUAGUAGCACUACUACUUCAUACCCACCUCCCAUCGAGCGUCCAGCCGUCUACAUGACCAGCACCAUCGUGCCUCAGUACGAUCCCUAUGGCCGCCCCAUGCCUCCCACCCCUCAAUACGGCGCUGCAGGCAUGCCUCCGGGCUACUACCCUAACCAGCCGGCUCCCCAAUCCUACCCGUACGCUGCACCCGGUCCCUACGGUGCUCAGCCCGUCCCAAUGCCCAUUCCAGUACAGCCCCCGUCGACCUCGUCUACGGGCAUGUUCACGAGGAACCUCAUAGGCAGUCUCACCGUGAAUGCUUUCAAGCUCAAAGAUACCGAAGGCGCCACUGGCUUUUGGUUUGUUCUUCAGGAUCUGUCCGUACGGACAGAAGGUACUUUCCGCUUGAAAAUGAACUUUGUCGACGUGGGUAGCGGCCAGAACAACAACACGCUGAACCAAGGCCGUGCACCUGUUCUUGCUACCUGCUUUUCCGAACCCUUCCAAGUCUACUCCGCAAAGAAAUUUCCGGGCGUCAUUGAAAGUACCCCACUUAGCAAAGCUUUUGCCGGCCAAGGCAUCAAGAUUCCCAUCAGGAAAGAUGGUCCCAAGCAGCUAAGCAACCAGGCCGAGUACGACAACGACGACUGAUACCCAUGCUGGUACAUGUUUCGUGAUACGAUUCGCGGUGACCCCUUGGGGUGAGGGAGAAAAUACAGAGUCCUCUACAGGCGGCCAUAGUCCCCUAUCCAGCAGGUCGUCCGGACCCCGUUAUGGAACAGGCCACUGGAUUGCGGGAUGAAAUGGGUGGGUGGCCAUGUUGCCAACAACCGCGAUAAACUCCCAGUGAGGGUACCUGCCUGGAUUGGGAUAUACGCCGCCACGACUGUUUGAAAUUUUAUCGCGUCAUGCUUUGGGACUACCUGCG